AUGGCGCCCACCCGGACCCGCGCAUCCGCCAUCGGCGCCCCCUCACAACCCGCCCAAUCUUCCCGCAAAGGCAAAAAAUCAUGGCGCAAAAACAUCGACCUCACCACCACCGAGUCCUUCCUCGAACAGCAAUCCGACCCUCUCCGCGCCACCUCCUCCGACGUCCUCUUCGUCGAAGACCGCUCCGGCCAGGAAACGCUCGCCGCCAAACAGGCUCGAACCAAACGACCUCUGAAAUCGCUCGAGAUCCUCCAGAACUCGUACGGUCACUCUGCUGUCACCCAGCCUGCUCGCGCCAAACAUGACAAGAAGAUGGAGUCGAGGCUGAGGAAGAUGGUAGGUCGUCAGCAGGUCGGAGUGAAGGGGGACAAGAGUGCCAUUGCGCAAAAGAGCGAUGAUGUUGUCAAGAAGAAUCUGUCCAACGUUUAUGAUGUUUGGUCGACUACUGAAGACAAGGGAAAGUCCAAGGCAACCGAAAAGGAAGAUUGGAUCCCGGCAGAAGUAUCCAAGCCCACCGUUAGCUUGCCAAAGACGCUUCGAAGGGACGACUACGAGAACAUCGCAUCCACGCUCCCCGCCAUCGACCUGCCGCAUCCAGGAUCCUCGUACAACCCCGACCUCGAAUCCCACGAAGCGCUGAUCCAAGAGGCCUACGAGAUCGAACUCAAGCUCGAGCAAAACGAACAGAUGGCCCAGAGUGAGCGCGAGAAGUGGCAGGCCAAACUGGCGACGAUCGUCGCACGAGAGGCCGAAAUGCGUUCGCAGAAGGACGACCAACUCAAACGAUACCGCGGUAUGGACGUUGACCUUCCCUCCGACAACGACGACGACGACGACGCCUCGGAUUCUGGCGCUGAAUCUCUCGCAUCGGAUACGGAAACCGCUGCACCCGGGUCGAAACGCAAGACGCGCGCCCAACGCCUGCGCGCCAAACGCGUCCGCCACCAGCAAUCCCAAGCGCUCCUCCGUCGCGCCGCCCGCAUCGAAUCCGCCGCCAUCCUCCAACUCCCCGCCCUCCGCCGUCGCGAAGCUCGUCUCGCCACCGCCCGCGCCCAGGCCGCUGAACAACGUCGUCUCGACAAACUCUCCCAACUUUCUGCAAACGGUCUAUCCGGUCACAAGAUCGGUAAACAUACCGUACCCGACCGCCACAUCGACGUUCAAACCGCCGACCAGCUCAGCGAGUCCCUCCGAACACUCAAACCCGAAGGCAACCUCUUCAGAGAUAGGUACCACAGGCUCCAGGUGAGGGGGAAAGUCGAACCCAGAGCUAAACAGACUGCCAGCGGAAAGGGCAGGAAGAAGAUCAAGAGCUACGAGACGCAUGAUUAUAAGAAGUUUCAGUGA